CACGUGGCCCGUCCCAGUACCCCUCUCUGCUAUGCCCAGAACCAGAGGGAGGCGUCACCACAGGGGACAAGAGAGCAAGGGCCAGAGGGGUGGGUCUUCCCUAGGGUGGCACAGUAGGCGGAGGAACCGGUCGUCGGGUUGGAGGGAGGCAGAAGGCAGCACCUUGUAGUUUCAGUUUUCUUGAAGAUCUCCCUUCUAGAAUAACAGUCCUCAACUGUGGCAGCAUGCGCUCUCCAAGGUGACAAUGGAGACGACUCGCAGGUACCAAAGCUGGAGAGUGAAUCCGGCUCCAUCUCUAAGGUCCCCAUAGUGGGGGCUCCUCAGUCUCUGUGUGAGUGGGAAGGUGUAACUCCUCACAAAAAUACAAGCUUCUAUCUUCCUGGAUUGUUCUUUGGGGUGCGACAUUGAGCAGAGUUCAGCGAUUAGGAGCCUUGAGUUCCCGUGGCCACAGCACAAGCCCAGGGCUGACAUGGGGCCUUGAGAGUGGGCGACAAGGUUCCCCUCCGUGGGAUGUCUGCGCAGCUGCGAGUGGACGGAAGAUAAGGGAACCCCCCAGAAUCCCUUUUGGAGCCUUUUCCUGCACCCUGAACUCUACCCUUGUGUCCGGAUGCUGAGUGAAAUUCGGUUCCCACUUCCAAGAAUGGAUGUCCCUUGGGGCCCAUGCCCUGGACUCCCCUGGGAAUGACCUGAGUCGGGGUUUAGUAAUACGCCACCAGCUAGGAGUCCGCACAGCUGAGUGUUCCUGGGCGUACGUGACAAUGACGUCACAGAGCUCGGAGGCUUCUACAACCCCGAGGUGUCAUCCUCAGAGCAGGUCUCCUGGACACCAGGUGGACCGCGCUGUCCCCAGGGGUCACUUCCACUUGAGGCCCUGCGUCCGGCCACAGCGGGCGCCGCUCCCACCCGGCCACGGGCUCUCCGGGUGGUUCCGGAGAUGCCCGAAGGGCUCCCGUGCCGUCCCACGCGGGACUUGGCGGCGCGCGACAGCUGGAGGUAGGGACGGCCAUGGCGCGGUCGGCAUGGGCCCGAGUAGCCCCAAUGGCCCUGGUGGCCCUCUGGUUGGUUCUGUCCCCGUCGUCCGCGAACGAGCAGGUUAACCUGAGCUCCGUGGACUUUUCGGAGCUCCCGGCGCUGCUUGGGAUCCCCUUGGGCCCCCAGGGCAUACGCAGCUACUUGCUGGCGGCCAGGCCGGCCAACGCCUGCCUCGCGAUCGAGACUACUGAGCCCGAUAACCCCUCGCUAGACACACUAGUGAUAGUCCGGCCGCUGGGCUGCACGUGGGAGAGCACGGGCCUGCACGCGCGGAGGGCUGGAGCCACAGCAGCUCCCGCGCGCACUGAGGCCCCAGGGCAGCUGCGCGCGUUCGACGACCUGGAGGUGACCGUGCGCUGCGACCGGCCAGCGAGCGUGCUGCUGCCCCACGGGGUACCCUGUCCAGACCCCGAGUGUCACCCCGCCGUGGCCGCAUCCUGGGCGCUCGCUCGAGCCCUGGCCCUGGCCGCGUCCACGUUGUUCGUGCUGAGGCAGCUGUGGCCACGGUUCCGGUGUUGGGGGAGCCGGGGCACCACGGUGAAGACCCAGACGUGCCAGAAGGCCCAGGUGCUCACGUUCACGCGCCUCAGCGACCUGUGCGCCAUUUGCCUGGACGAGUACGAAGAGGGCGAGCGGCUCAAGAUCCUGCCGUGCGCGCAUGUGUACCACUGCCGCUGCAUCGACCCCUGGUUCGUGCGCGCCCCGCAACGCUUGUGCCCCCUGUGCAAGCAGUCGGUGGCCAGCACGCACGACGGCUCCGCGAACAGCAGCGUGGGCGGCGACGACCCACCCCUACCCGGACGCCGCCCCCCCAUCUGGGCCAUCCAGGCCCGACUGCGCUCCCGCAGGCUCGAGCUGCUAGCCCGGACAGUCCCUUGCCGUCGCUGCAGCAGAACCACGUCCCUGGGGACGCUCGAGAACGUGGAGCCGUCAGAAGUGACCCCGAGACCUCCUGACCCCAACUGA